AUGACUAUUCAUUUAAGAUCCACCAACACCUACUCAACAUUCACUAAAACUGAAAGUGCCUUAUUUGAGAAACCGAGAACUAUGACUAGAUGUUCUGCGCCAAGAGAAAUUAGUGUCAGUGAAGAAACAACGGAGAAAAGUGGAAUUAAAAGUCCCAAGUCGCCGAUCGAGAGCAAAAAACUAUCCAAGGUCCCACCGCUAUGCUGUAAGAAUGGAGAAGAGUGUAAAGUAGCCGGUAACUGUGUGUGCAAACCACCAAAACCAACAACUGGCCCAAAAGAAGAAACACCAACCAGCUCGAGGGAAACCUAUGAUGUUUUCCUUGGCGGAUCAUGUGGAACUACUGUGUGGAGACGGCAAUCGGUGAUUCCAUUUCUCAAGAAAAGAGGGAUCACUUAUUAUGACCCACAAAGAAGCUUCUGGAGUGAAAACAUGAUUUAUGAAGAGUCAAUUGCCAAAGAGAGCUCAUCACUGUUCUUGUUCGUCAUCGAUCCGGCAACUGUGAACGCCACCAGCUUCCUCGAGAUCGCUUACUUCGCCGCUCGCAAAUCCCCAAAACUCGUGGUUGUCUUCCUAGGAAAAACGGAAUGGGCUGAGAAAGCACACCCGGACGACUUGCCGGACCGAAACCGUACUUGCCAACUGCUGGACAAGAUUCUGGAUAGCCAUCAAGUACCAAUGCUUCAUACCAUUCCUGAUGCCUUGGAAUUCAUUGAAGAAGAGAUGCUCGGCAGACAGAGUCUAGCGGAAGCAAUGAGAUCCAAGAACAAUCGACUACCGUACCUCCAGAUCCGUGCAAGGAGAGCCGUACGAAACGUCAAGAACUUGGCAGCUCAGACAAUCAAAGUCUGCAAGUCGUACGCCACCAAAACCGUUGUCACCGGACUCAUCGACACAGCUGUUCUCAUUGCGAUGUCAUUCGCCUUCCCAGCACUCCCACUUUUCUACAUUCUGAUUCCACUUCUCAUGUUGAAUGUAGUCGUGUUUGGUGUAGUUCACAAAGUUCAAGUUCUUCGCAAGAAGUAUCCAAGAAUGAUUGCGGAUUCAUCGGCAGUUAUGUACCAGGCAACACCAGCGAUCCCAUCUCCAAGAGUGACCAUGAAAGCAACAAAUGUUAAUGGAACUAUUGCUUCCAAGUCUAUUGUCCGCCGGCGGUCUAAGCAAAACUUCGAGAAGUUCUUCCCAGAUGAUGGAGCUUCUAGCUUCAUUGUUCCAAGCUCUUUCUUGCCAAAACCUGAAACCAAAGUGAACAUUGACUGCUCUACUGUUGAGUUGUGCUCCAGCUCCCCUGACGACAACAGUUGGGUUCAAGAGUUAGCAGCGCCUACUUUAGAUGGCAAGGGCACCCCGUAUUCAUACGUGCUUGCUACUCCAAACUUCCAACUGGAUAGCCGCAUGAAUUGCCUCAGGACUUGGUUCCAUCAUCAUAAAAAAUUCUUCUACUACAUUCCAUCAACAACAACAUUCCUCUCGGGAAUGGUCGAGAUUGCGUACAUUCUUGGCCACACAAACUGGGAGGGAACCGUCUGUGUACCGUCCACAUCUCAGAUACUGGAGGGUCCUGAUGACAUGACAGAAGAUGAAAAAGAUCACGCGAGAGCCGCACGUCGUCGUCGCAACGAUUGCUAUCAAAUCGCAUUUUGCUAUUUAAAGGAUAUGGCAAAACGUCGCCAAUGUCGAGUCUUCACUGACAUCGGUGUCGCCGUCAAAGCCCUCGUCGACCCAGCAAUCCGUGGGGUCUAA